AGGAGGAAGAUGUCAAUCAAUCAGUGUAAGCCCGCCCACACAAUCUGCCAGAUCACCUGUAACAGCUGUGUGGCUGUUGAGCCUGUAGGUUAGCAGAUUCCUCCAGAGCUGUUGGACAGCAGACAGCUCAACUAAACUAUGUCAGAAUCAUGUUCUCCUGUUGGGCGGUUCUGUUCUCCAUUGAGGCUGGAGUUAACAAUGGAAAACUGACUAAUGCAUUACAUCACACAGAAGACAAUUUAAGGUUGGAUUGGCGCUACUACGAGGGACAGAUCCCGUCAUUCCUGGGACCCAACGAAGGCGGGAAAAGCAGCACCCUCCAUCUUGACGGUCUGUUCCCUCCUAUCUCUGGUAAUGUCUACAUCCUGGGCAGAGACAUCUGGACACACCUGAGCGCCAUCAGACAGAGUCUGGGAGUCUGUCCUCAACAC